GCCUGGAAACUUCCAGCAUUCGAAUGAAGUGAGCUUUAUCUUGCAGCACCUCUUCUCUAUUCUGUAUCAGUUUGUUGUCUUUCUUGUCUUGAGAGUGUCCACUGCCCUGCUCUUUGGAACAACAAAUAAACACACCUGUGGAAUUAUCAACACGUUCCACCAAACUGUAAAAACGCCAGAGUUGGACGUUGUUCGGUGUAAUUUCCUUGUCACAAGCUAGUAAUUUUUAGAUAGAGGUUUUGGAAAAUUCUCUUAUCUCAUCCCGGUGGACUCGCGUCGAUCCGGCUGUCUGAAUGGGUCUGCUGGACGGCGGCUCGCCGCUGUCGUGGGCCGAGACGAAGAAGAAUGCUGACCUGAUCAGAGAGACCGGCAUCAAGCAGUUCCUGUCGCUCUACGAACGCUUCCAGGGCCUAACCGAUGACUGUCUGAAAUGGGGCGACGAGAUUGAAUUCACGGUGGUUCACUUUGACCACGACAAGAAGACAGCCCAGGUGCAGCUGACCGACCCAGCCCUACUGGAGCGCUUGCAGCAAGCGGAGAAUGCCGACCCAGGGAAUUCUCCGACAGCCUGGAGGCCUGAGUAUGGCAGCUUUAUGCUGGAAGCUACCCCAGGCAAGCCAUUCGGCGGGGCCACGGGGGACUUCAACGAGAUCGAGCCCAACAUGAAACUUCGGCAUAAAGAGCUGAAUGAGAUGCUGGCACACAACACUCGUUGCAUGAAUAUCACAUGCUUCCCACGCCUUGGCUGCCCGUCAUUCUCCAAUCCAUCGUUCACACCGAAGCCGGACUCUAGUGUGUCUCGGUCGGCCUUCUUCCCCGACGAAGCAAUAAACCCUCAUCCAAGAUUCAGCACGCUGACGAGGAAUAUUCGAACAAGACGCGGAUCGAAGAUCGCCAUCCAUGUACCGAUUUUCAAAGACGUUAACACUCCCAGUCCCUUUCUGGAAGACAUGUCGCAACACGACGAGGAAACACAAGCGGGCCAGCCCGAUCAUAUCUAUAUGGAUGCCAUGGGCUUCGGUAUGGGAAUGAGCUGCUUGCAGGUGACUUUCCAGGCAUGCUCUUUAGCGGAGGGACGGCUACUGUACGAUCAGCUCACCGCUAUCUGCCCUAUUGUGCUGGCUCUUUCCGCCUCUACACCAAUCUACCGUGGGUACCUUAGUGACCGUGACUGCCGCUGGGCGGUCAUUGAGCAGUCAGUGGACGAUCGCACCAGAGAAGAGCGGGGCCUGGACCCGCUGGAAAAUGAUAAGUACCGUAUACCAAAGUCUCGCUAUAGUCCCGUCAGUUGUUAUCUCGCGUCAGAAAAGUACAACGAUCAGGAGAUCGUGCAGAACCAAGAGGUGUAUGAUACGUUACGUACGGCAGGUAUUGAUCAUCUCCUAGCCACUCACAUUGCACAUUUGUUUAUCCGCGACCCGCUCACGCUCUUCAGCGAACAGAUCGACCAAAGCACCACGACCGAGUCCAACCACUUUGAGAAUAUACAGUCGACUAACUGGCAGUCUAUGCGCUUCAAGCCACCGCCCGCCAGUUCCCACGCCAAGAUCGGAUGGCGCGUGGAGUUCCGACCUGCUGAUCUUCAGCUGACGCCGUUUGAGAAUGCGGCACUUGUAAUGUUUGUAGUCAUACUGACGCGUACUGUUCUCUCUCUCAACCUCAACUUCUACAUUCCAAUCUCCAAGAUGGAAGAAAACAUGAGAAGAGCGCAGGAGAGGAACGCUGUGCUUGACCAGAAAUUCUACUUCCGCAAGAAUGUCUACACAGCGGAUGGGCAGACAGCAGCCAUGGCGGCGGAUUCUGCAACACCGUCCGAUGAUGAUUACGAGGAGAUGAGUAUCGACACGAUCGUGAAUGGCAAGGAUGGAGUGUUCCCGGGACUUCUCCCGCUAAUGGACAGUUACCUGCGUGACAUCGGCAUGGACGUCGCCUCCAGGUGCACCGUCAGCCGAUCGUUUGAGCUGAUCAGAAAACGUGCGACAGGAGAGCUGAAAACCGUUGCGAAGUGGAUGCGCGACUUCGUUGCCGCACAUCCACAUUACAAGCAGGAUUCGGUGAUCAACGAGCGCGUCAAUUACGAUCUCCUGAUGGCCUGCGACCGCAUCAGCAGCGGGACAGAGCACUGCCAUGAACUAGAGGGAGAUCCUUGAUGUGUGUGUGUGUGUGUGUGUGUGUGUGUGUGUGUGUGUGUGCGCGCGCGCGCGUGCAUGUGCGUGUGCGUCUUUGUGUGUACGAAUUCUAGGCUAGGAGCUCUUUUCUUUUCUUUUUUUUUCUCCAAUUCUUAUGAUGCAGUCAGCAGUGCAUCAUGUCCAACUGAAGUACACUAGACCGGUAGUGUUAGUCGCUGCUCUGGUCAUGCCCACAUCAGUCCUGUGUUACCAUCAACGGGUAUCCCACAGGCAGUGGCCGCUUGGGCCCGUGAACACCCUAGAUAUGCUGGAUUGCUCGUUCUCUUUCCGCCGUACCCGCUGCUUAUUUUCCCGGCUCAAAGGCCGCGCUGCGCUCGCACACACUGGUCCGUUUCCUAGGUACACUGCUUCUGCUGCUACAGGCGAGCUGGGCCAGGGCGGUCACUCUGGGUUUAGCGCGUGUUUCAACGCUCCCAUCCGCUGUCACAACUCUCCACCCCAUGGCCAUGGGGCAGAGUGAUUUUUAGUGACUUUUUAGGUCGUUUUCGUGCAGUGUGUGUGUGUGUGUGUGUGUGUGUGUGUGUGUGUUCUUAGAACUUUUUACCUCGAAAAGUGGCACAAAUAUAUAUGUAGAUAUUCACUCUGUGUCCUCUGCGUUUGCCUGUAGAUAUGAGGCAAUCACAUCCCUGCCGUUUGUCUUCCCUGUCCUCAGUUUAUAGCAUGACCAGCGACAACCAAACUUGCACCGACCUUAUUUUAAAGUAGUUUGUGUAGUCCAUCGUCCACUCUGCCGUUUUGUUUUGUGUUUGCAUCAUUGCUGUGGUAUAGAUUCGCUGCUGUACUCCUGUCCCUCUUUGUCAUACCAUCCACCCUUGUGAACUCAUGUCAUUAUAUUGGCGCUUAAUUGCGUUUCUCGAUCCCCGUCGCAGUCCACGCCGAUUUCUAUUUGCCGCCCUCGGCCUUGCACCAUUGUCUCGCAUUCGCCGGUAAAUUGCCCUGGGGUCUUCUGAGAAGGUCCCCCCCCAUUGCCCGUAUCAUGGUAGAUUUCAUCUGGAUCCUCACCCACCCGACCCAUUCGUUGCUGUUCUCUUGACCCCUAGGCCCUGUGGACCAGUGCCGUCUGCCGGUGUCCUGUGUUUCCACGUGCGCUGCUGCUGGACAGGCUGCCGAUCGCCGGCAUCUGCUUGCCUGCCCGCCGUCUCGGUAGCAUUGUCGUCAUCAACCCGUUGUAAAACUAUAAUUUUGCCUGCUAUCUAUUCUGUUACACCGUGGUAUGUAUUUACAUCAGAUCUAGUGGCUGCUUAGAAAAGUCGUUUGCUAUCUACGCGCGCAACUUUCCCUUUCUCUCUGCUA